GGGGUGGCUGCCCGGCUCCACCACCUCGGAACGUGCUAGGCGGCGGGUUUCGGGAUGACUUCGAGCGGGUCUAGACGUCUGUGGAUCCUCAAGAUGUCGGUCUUACUCUUGGCCCUGGGCAUUGUGUUAUUUAUGUUCAGAAGUGUGUACCUUUAUACAGCGUCCAGUAACCACAAACCACAGCUCCCUCAGCCUACUCUGGCUGCCGGGAUGCUGAAGCUUCUGCCUGAGGAACAUGUCAGGAGCCUCUUUACCUAUGAUGGAAUCUGGCUCUUCCCGAAAAACCAGUGCAAAUGUGAAGCUUCGGAACAUCAGGGAAGCUAUAACUUUGAGGAUGCCUAUGGCCAGAGAGACCUCCCUGCGGUGAAAAUGAGGAGACAGGCUGAAUUUGAACACUUUCAGAGGAGAGAAGGGCUGCCUCGCCCACCGCCCCUGCUGGCUCAGCCCAACCUGCCCUUUGGGUACCCUGUCCACGGGGUCGAAGUGAUGCCCCUGCACACGGUUCCCAUCCCAGGUCUCCAGUUUGAAGGACCAGAUGCUCCCAUCUAUGAGGUCAGCCUGACAGCUUCUCUGGGGACACUGAACACCCUCGCUGACAUCCCAGACAGCGUGGUGCAGGGCAGAGGCCAGAAGCAGCUGAACAUUUCGACCAGUAACCGGAAGCUUUUGAAUUUCAUACUCCAGCACGUGACAUACACAAGCACAGAGUAUCAGCGCUGCAGGGUGGGUGUAGUGAGUCUGCAGUCCAAGUCCUCAGUGGCCAAGUUUCCGGUGACCAUCCGCCUUCCUGUUAUGCCCAAGUUAUAUGACCCUGGACCAGAGAGGAAGCUCAGAGACCUGGUGACCAUUGCCACCAAAACUUUCCUCCGUCCCCACAAGCUCAUGACCAUGCUCCAGAGCGCGUAUUACCCAGACUUGACCGUGAUCGUGGCUGAUGACAGCAAGGAGCCCCUGAAAAUUAAUGACAGCCACGUGGAGUAUUACACCAUGCCUUAUGGGAAGGGCUGGUUUGCUGGUAGGAACCUGGCCAUAUCUCAGGUCACCACCAAAUACGUUCUCUGGGUGGACGAUGACUUUCUCUUCAACGACAAGACCAAGAUUGAGGUGCUGGUGGAUGUCCUAGAGAAGACGGAACUGGACGUGGUAGGCGGCAGCGUGCUUGGAAACAUGUUCCAGUUUAAGCUGUUCCUGGAGCACAGUGAGAAUGGGGACUGUCUCCACCGGCGGUCAGGAUCUUUCCGGCCCCUGCACGGCUUCCCCAGCUGCGUGGUGACCAGUGGUGUUGUCAACUUCUUCCUGGCCCACACAGAGCGGCUCCAAAGAGUUGGCUUCGACGCCCGCCUGCAGCGAGUGGCUCACUCAGAGUUCUUUAUUGAUGGGCUCGGGAGCCUGCUUGUGGGGUCCUGCUCAAAUGUGAUUGUAGGUCACCAGCCCCGUUCUCCAGUGGCGGACCCAGAGCUCGCAGCCCUGGAGAAGAGCUACAACGUAUACCGGACCAACACCAAAGCUCAGGUCCAGUUCAAGCUGGCUCUCCACUACUUCAAGAACCAUCUCCAAUGUGCCACAUAAAGGUUGUCCGGGCACUGGAAAAGCGCCAGGCUGACCUGUUGCAGGUAUCUAAAACACAGGAACUGGUGGAUGGGCUAUCAAAAUUUGAACUCCAGAUAAGAUGGACAGGGCAGAUGGGUCUGGCUCAGGUACUGGAAAUAUCAAUCAAAAGCUAAGGGUCAUUAGAAAUGGACGAAUCACUGAUCAGGGCAAUGGAGACCGUAUUCAUUAUUGUUUGUAUGAUGUCUUACCAUUUAUGAAACAUUUGUACAUAUAGUAUCUCACAUUAUCUCAUUUCAUCUCACACGAAAGAGUAUAUGAUGGGUUGGUAUCCUCAGUCAAAAAGAUGGCUGCUGGGUCCUUGAGGGUUAUUUGGUGGAAAUUAUAUCACAGAUCAUCUCCAGCAUCACUACCAUCCACAGAUUUUUUUGGUCCUACCUUGUGGACUCAAAUAAUGCGAAUAACCCAGG